CUAAACUUCACCAAAUAAUAGCUGUUUGUAUUUUGGCUGCUGCAGUAGCCAUUUUAGAUGCAGAUGCAAAGUAAUAGAAAAAAAUGAAAAUACAAAAGAAGGACAAGCAGAUGUCUGCCACCCACGUUCUAAAGCACACUCCAGUCACUGCAGCCACUACUGCCUCAGACCAAAAUGCACAAACAUUUCCCAUUGGCCAUUUCGGCAAGGAACAGAUACGCAUCAUCGGCGGGCCGGCCAAUCACUGCAUGGCCCAGGCAAAGCACUCGGGAUCACGAGAGACGGCGCUGGGAGCCAGCAGCUGCAGCCCACGGCUGUCUUCCUCUCCGGUUAACGGCGAGGAAGACGAUGGAGGGGGCGGGGUGAGGGUGAGGAAAAAACGGAGGAAAAAAGACAAGAAAGACACGCGAGCCUUGCAGAAGGUGGAGAGAGAGAGUGACCUCAGACCAAAGAAAAGGAAGGAGCAGAAAGAAGGGAAGGAGCUGUCACGAAAGCCCAAGGCGCCUAGGGAGCACCCUAGGAAGAAGGAGGUGAAGGCGGUAAAGGAGGCCAAAAAGGCCAAGAAAGACCAAGAGGUCAAAUCAAAGACACAGGCCAAGAACAUAGCCUCCCCUCCAAGACAGCGAGGGAGGAAACCAAAAGAGCAGGGGGCCGUACCUCCAGAGAAGAGGAAGAAAGGGAAGAGGAAAAGCGAAGCCCUGCAGGAGGCGCUGGAGAGUGACGAUGCCGCCUCACUCUGCACACUGCCUGGAGGAGGGGAGGAGAGCAUGGACCCCAUGGACAACACUAAGAGGAGAUCAGGACGUCAGGUGAAGCGCAGGAAGUACAACGAGGAUCUCGAUUUCAAGGUUGUGGAUGACGACGGCGAGACAAUCGCCGUGCUGGGCACAGGGCGAAUCCCUGCUCUCUCUUCCUCCACCCUCGCCUGGCAAGCUGAGGAACCCCCUGAAGAUGAAGCCAACAUCAUAGAGAAGAUUCUCUCUGUGCGGACCGUUAAGAAGGAGAUGUCCCCAGGGGAGCCCACUGAAGAGGCAGAGGAGUUUUACGUCAAGUACAGAAAUUUCUCCUAUCUUCACUGCAAAUGGGCGAGUUUGGAGGAGCUAGAGAAGGACCCACGCAUUCACCAAAAAAUCAAGCGCUUCAGGAACAAGCAAGCUCAAAUGAAGCACAUUUUCACAGAGCCAGACGAAGACCUCUUCAAUCCCGACUAUACCGAAGUUGACAGAGUUUUGGAGGUUGCUAUCACUACAGACACAGAAACAGGAGAGGAAGUGACACACUACCUGGUAAAGUGGUGCUCUUUACCCUAUGAAGAAAGCACUUGGGAACUCCAGGAGGAUGUAGACCCUGUAAAGAUCCAUGAGUUUGAAGACCUCAAGAAAAUUCCAGAACUCAAACAUGUUGAGAGGCCUCUACCAGAACAAUGGCAGAAGCUGGAGAAAUCUCGGGACUACAAAAAUGGCAACCAGCUAAGAGAAUACCAGCUAGAAGGCAUGAAUUGGCUUCUUUUCAACUGGUACAAUAGAAAAAACUGCAUCCUAGCAGAUGAGAUGGGCCUGGGGAAAACCAUCCAGUCUAUAACAUUCCUCUAUGAGAUCUUCCUCAUGGGUUUGAGAGGGCCCUUCCUCAUCAUUGCCCCUCUCUCCACCAUUACAAACUGGGAGAGAGAGUUCCGCACCUGGACAGAGAUCAAUGUCAUCGUCUAUCAUGGCAGCCAGAUCAGCCGGCAGAUGAUCCUGCAGUAUGAGAUGUACCACAGAGAUGAGCAGGGGAACAUAGUGUCUGGUCUGUUUAAGUUCCACGGUGUCAUCACCACAUUCGAGAUGAUCAUGGCUGACUGCCCUGAACUGAAGAAGAUUAACUGGCGAUGUGUGGUGAUUGAUGAGGCUCACCGACUGAAGAACCGGAACUGUAAACUACUGGAGGGACUCAAACUCAUGAACUUGGAGUAUAAAGUCCUCCUAACAGGUACACCUCUGCAGAACUCUGUAGAAGAACUCUUUAGUUUGCUCAACUUCCUGGAGCCGAUGCAGUUCCCUUCAGAGAGCACGUUCCUCGAGGAGUUUGGAGAUCUGAAGACGGAGGAGCAGGUUAAGAAGCUCCAGGCCAUUCUGAAGCCCAUGAUGUUAAGGAGACUAAAGGAUGAUGUGGAGAAGAAUCUGGCCCCCAAAGAAGAGACCAUCAUUGAGGUGGAACUCACCAACAUCCAAAAGAAAUACUACCGAGCCAUCUUGGAGAAAAACUUUGCCUUUCUGGCCAAGGGAGCCAACCAGCACAACAUGCCCAACCUCAUCAACACCAUGAUGGAGCUCCGUAAGUGCUGUAACCAUCCAUACCUCAUCACAGGUGCUGAGGAGAAGAUCCUGGAGAGCUUCAGGAAAACCCACAAUCCUGAUGCGCCAGAUUUCCAACUCCAGGCUAUGAUCCAAGCUGCCGGAAAACUCGUUCUCAUUGAUAAGCUGCUGCCCAAGCUGAUCGCUGGAGGGCACAAGGUGCUGGUCUUUUCUCAAAUGGUGCGGUGCCUGGAUAUCUUGGAGGACUACCUCAUUCAGAGGAGGUACACAUAUGAACGCAUCGAUGGCAGAGUGCGAGGGAACCUUCGCCAGGCAGCCAUUGAUCGCUUCUGCAAGGUGGACUCGGACCGUUUUGUCUUCCUGCUGUGCACACGUGCAGGGGGGCUGGGCAUCAACCUCACCGCUGCAGACACAUGCAUCAUAUUUGACUCAGACUGGAACCCACAGAACGACCUCCAGGCCCAAGCGCGCUGUCAUCGCAUUGGCCAGAGCAAGGCGGUGAAGGUGUAUCGACUCAUUACACGCAAUUCAUAUGAGAGGGAGAUGUUUGACAAAGCCAGUCUAAAACUUGGACUGGACAAGGCUGUUCUGCAAGAUAUCAACCGCAAAGGCAGCCUCAAUGGGGUUCAGCAGUUGUCUAAGAUGGAGGUGGAAGACCUGCUGAGGAAGGGCGCAUACGGUGCGCUAAUGGACGAGGAAGACGAAGGCUCGAAGUUCUGUGAGGAAGAUAUUGAUCAGAUUCUGCAGCGGCGCACUCAGACCAUAACCAUUCAGUCAGAGGGCAAGGGCUCCACGUUUGCUAAGGCCAGCUUUGUGUCUUCUGGAAACCGGACGGACAUCUCUCUGGAUGACCCGAACUUCUGGCAGAAAUGGGCCAAAAUUGCAGAGCUGGAGAUUGAUUCAAAAGCGGAGAAGGAGAGUCUGGUGAUUGAUACACCUCGUGUGAGGAAGCAAACACGUCACUACAACUCGUUCGAGGACGACGAGCUGAUGGAGUUCUCUGAGCUGGACAGCGACUCUGAGGAGCGUCCCUGCCGCUCUCGUCGCCUAGGCGAACGCAACAGGCGGUACCUCCGCGCAGAGUGCUUCAGAGUGGAAAAGAACCUACUCAUAUUUGGGUGGGGGCGGUGGAAGGACAUUCUGAAUCACGGACGUUUUAAGUGGCACCUCACAGAGAGAGACAUGGAAGUCCUGUGCAGAGCAUUGCUUGCCUACUGUGUCCGCCAUUACAAAGGAGAUGACAAAAUCAAGAGCUUCAUCUGGGACUUAAUCACACCCACAAAGGACGGGCACAACCAAGCCUUGCAAAACCAUUCUGGAUUGUCUGCUCCUGUACCUCGGGGCCGUAAGGGUAAAAAGCUGAAGAACCAAUUGAGUCCUCCAGAGCUAAAGAAUGCAGAUUGGCUGGUCCACUGUAACCCAGAGGUGGUGCUCCAAGAUGACAGCUACAAGAAGCAUCUCAAACAGCACUGUAACAAGGUGUUGCUGAGGGUGCGGAUGUUGUAUUACCUGAAGGCGGAAGUGCUUGGGGAAGCCGCCAAUCAGGCUCUAGAAGGAGCAUCAGCCAGCAAACUGGAAGUGGCACUGCCUGAUAUUGACUACAUUGAAAUUCCAACUUGUUGGUGGGACUCAGAGGCAGACAAAUCUCUGCUCAUUGGAGUUCACAAACACGGGUAUGAGCGCUACAAUGCCAUGCGUGCAGACCCCCAACUGUGCUUCCUAGAGCGAGUGGGUAUGCCAGAUGUCACCGCACUAACAGCAGAACAGGGUGGCACUGAGGUCGUGGCUGAUGUACCUGACAGUGUAAGUAAGAGUGAUGAUGUCAAAGAAGAAAUAGAUGGAAAGCCAGAGGACCUAGAGGAUAAAGAAGAGAGAAAGGAGGACACCAGCCCUUUCCGAGAGGAACCAAGGAAAAAUGACAAUGAUAUUGAAAUGUCGGUUCCAGACGGACUGACUCAGGAGGUGGUGGAACAGGGGCGGGCAUUAUGGCCAGCAGGUUCUGCACUUACGGCAAGAUUACGACGACUUAUCACCGCCUAUCAGCGCUACACACGACGUGAGCCGCUCCGUCAUGAAUUCCUCAUGCAAGAGGGUAUUGGGCCUGUUGCCUGGCAAAUGGGUGAGGAAUUACGGCGCUGCACAACCAAUCCCGAUCCACUUUUCCUGGAGUGGCAAAGGAGGUGGACACGUCGUGAACAGGCUGAUUUCUACCGUACUGUGUCCUCAUUUGGGGUGGUAUAUGACCCAGAGAAGAAAGCCUUUGACUGGAGCCAAUUCCGUAUUUUUGCUCGUUUGGAGAGAAAAACAGAUGAAAGUUUGGAGAGAUAUUUUUGGAGCUUUGUAUCUAUGUGCCGUACUGCAUGCAGACUGCCACCACGGAAGGAUGAAGGGCCCAUUGACCCCACUAUAUUUGUGGAGCCCAUUACUGAAGAAAGAGCUGCCCGUACAUUGUACCGCAUUGAGCUCCUGAGAAAGGUUCGUGAGCAGGUGUUGCGUCAUCCUGUCCUGGGGGAACGACUGAAGCUUUGCCGUCCUAGCCUUUACUUGCCUGUUUGGUGGGAGUGUGGCAAACACGACCGUGAUCUUCUUAUUGGCGUUGCCAAGCAUGGCCUUAGUCGCACUGACUUCUACAUACUCAAUGAUUCACAUCUGUCCUUCCUGGAGGCCUAUCGGAACUAUGUUCACAAAGAAAACCAUGGGUACCCAGUAUCAGGCUUGCCCCAUCAACACUGCUGCCUGUAUGACCCAAGUCUAGGACACUGCCAUUCCCCUCAGCCCCCGGAGUAUCAUGCAACACCUUUGCACCCUAUACAAGCACACCAACACAUGCAUGCUCAUGGACAUAACCAAGCCUCAGAAGUUGCAGUAGCAUCAGAACCAGGAAGCACCUUAAGUAUAAGUACAAGUGCCAGGGAGAGUUAUUUGGAUUGCCCCCCUAUUGAUGACUCUUUAGAACUCGGGUCGUUACAGCAUGAAGGCUUGGUCCCAGACUCACUCCAUAGCAAGUCUAGCAAAGAGGCCUUCAAUGGAUUCCCAUUUAAUUCAGUUUCAGCUGGACAAAGUAUGUUAAAUUCAUAUGGUGUACAAGGAGACCUAAGUGGGGCUCAAGGAGACAUGGUUGAUUCCAUAGCUGGGAAGCUUCGUAGUGAUGUUUUAGUGGGAGAGCAGGGGUCCUCAGAGGAAACAGGGUUAAUGGCCCCUUCAGUAGAACUAGAUGAACUUCAGACACCAUGGGAAAGCUCAGACCAUGCUGAAGCCUCUGACAUUUUUAAUGAAACUGAUCCUAUCUUGGGAACGCCUGCACUGGAAACUGGAUUCCUGGACCCUGCGCAGUCAGAAGAUGGACAGGAACGGGAUGAUCCGCUUACAGACUGCUUGAGCAUGCCCAGUUCAGACUCACAAAGCAACCCAGUAGAACCAUUAGCACCAAGCUUCAUGUUGUUCAAAGAUCUUAACGUUGGAGAGACAUCUGUGGAGCAACCAGAUUUAUCUGCCAGCCCACCUGAAUAUGUUCCCCCACAACCUCUUGCCCUUUCAGAUGUCAGCAUUGACCAAGCAGAGCCUAUUAGUGAGGAUCUAGAAGAGAAGCUGAGUGAAUCUGACAUUACACAUAGUGAUCCCAGUCCUGAAAUUGGAACAGAACAUUUGGAAUAUCAGUUUGACAAAGAAGAGCCUUCUCAAGAAGUUGACAGCCCUUUGGAAACUGACCAUAAGCCAAAGGAAACCCAAAAUGGGGAAAGUGACAUGCCUUCUGUAGAAUCACCCAUAGAUAAUAAUUUAGAGCCCCUAAAAUUAGAGUGCAAAUUGCCAAUUGACAUUUCAAGUGAGGAGCAACUGAAGGAUCCUUGUGAAGUGUCACUGGAAGAACCUUGUGAAAAACUCCUAAUGGAGCAAGGUAAAGUGCCCUUAGAAGAACCUUAUGAUAUGCCAUGCAAAGGGACCUUGAUGGUACCAUUUGAAGGAUCCCUCAAAGAUCCAAGUGAAGAACAAAUAAAAAAAGGGCCCUCUGAAGAACACAACAAAGAACCUUUAGAAGAAGAGGUGGAGAAUACAACUCAUCCUACUCUGGCAACAGAAGAGCCAUUGCCUUCAUCAUUUCCUUUAUCUCCCACUCUUUCCACCACAGUAGCAGACAACCCUGUGUUCCCAGAUCCUGAAGCUGUCCCUAACAUGAAACAGGAGUACCUCUUGGAUACAGUGGGGUCAGAGGUCAAGCCUGAGCCUGACAGUACCACACUGACCCCUCACUUGGAACAGACUUCUGCUCUUGAGGUGAAGGAUGAGAUAAAAGAAGAGGAAACAAAGACUCCAGCUCUUUUGGGAGAUGGUUUCAUUGAGGCCCCGCGGUUUGCUCCACCGAUAUGUGAGAUGGCAGACAGUCUCCAUGAUGUAAGGGAGCCAACCAUAGCCCAACUUCUACAGGAAAAAGCCCUCUACUCAUUCUCUGAAUGGCCCAAGGACAGAGUAGUCAUCAACCGUAUUGAUAGCAUUUGCCAUGCUGUACUAAAGGGGAAGUGGCCUUCCUCCACUCAGCAGUACGAGUCUCCCAGCUCGACAGCCAAUACGUGCAUGCCCAACAGUACCCAACCAAGGGCAGGGUUCCUGCCUGCCAGAAUGCCUCUACCUCAGAACCUGAACUUCAGCAUCCCCCAUUCCAUACCCCGUAUACACAAGGAGCGGCUGGUGACUCCUGCAUUUCUUCCCGAGCUCAAGCGUCCAAGGCGUGGAUUUGAGUUUGAGGCGGAGGUUCUUGCUAAACCAAGUCAUCUUGGAGAAAAAAUCCAAGUUGGCGUUCCCAAUCGUGGAGGCACCCUCCUUCUCAAUGGCUGGCAGGAAGCAGCCAUGGACCUGUCCAAGCCAACUGAACUUGCAAUAGGUGGGGAGACUGUAGGUCACAUGACUCAUGCUGUCCAAUCAGCAGCUCAUAAGAUGUCUGGCUUGAGUUCCAUGCAGAGCUCAAUGGGAUUGGAUAUGGCUGGCAUUUUGCAAGCGGGCCUUAUACACCCCGUUACAGGUCAGAUUGUUAAUGGUAGCCUUCGUCGUGAUGACUCGAUAAUGAGGAGGAGAAGAGGGAGAAGAAGAAAUGUGGAAGCUACUGACCUCGGAUUCAUGAAAGGAGGAGGCAUACACUUAUCUGAACAACAGGGACGACCAGAGAGUAUCAGUCACCCCAUUGUCUCUUCCACGUCCUCUCAGCCUGAUUGCCCUUCAGCUCCCCCUUCAGCACCUCCUCCCCCAGAGCCCCUGACCACAAGUGUGGACAGAGAGGCAGCCAGUAAAGGCAUGAUGGAAUGGCUCAGACAGAACCCCAGCUACAGAUUGGAGCUGCCUGCCUUUCCUUCGUCUCAGCCUGCAGGCAUGUUGCCCAGUUUUGCAGAGCGUCCAAAACAGAGAAGGCACCGCUGUAAAGACCCCACGAAGCUAGAUGUGAACUCCCUGACCGGAGAGGAGAGAGUUCCUGUCGUGCAUAGGAGCACAGGACGCAGGCUGGGUGGGGCUAUGGCCCCAGCCAUUAAAGAGCUCUCUCGAUGGCUAGAUGCAAACUCCGAAUACUACGUGGCUCCGGACUGGGCAGAUGUGGUGAAGCACUCGGGUUUCCUCCCAGAAGGAAAGUUCACUCGUAUUCUCACUGAGCCAGUGAAUCGCGACCCUGGCGCACGUAGGAGAGGCAGGCGGCCCCGCAGUGAGAUGCCCAAAGCUCCUGAGCUGCCUGCCAGCAUGGGACCACUCUUUAUGAAUGGUGGGCUCAUUGGUAGCAUGGACCUGGUCGGUUUACCCAACCUUCGCAACGUUCCUGGCAUUCCGAUCACUGGGCUUAUGGGGUUCCCUCAUGGUUUUGCUGCUGCUGCUGUCCCUGGAGAAGAUGCUAAGAAUGGGCUGGGGAUGCUGCCCAUGAUGCUUCAUAGUAUGCCUGCGGUGCAGCCACCCAUGUACGGAACUCACAUCACCGGGAUGAUGAACCAACCGCCAUCCACAGCGGCCUCCAUGGCGACAACGGCUGCCACCACCUCCAGCACGACAACGGUGACCUCCACAUCCUCUGCCUUAAGUCCCAGCCGAGGGGACAACUCCAGUCCAGCCGCUCCCUCCGACAGAGGUAGCCCUGAGUCCAGCACUGAGAGAUGGAACGCAGACACACGACCGCAAGGAGAGGACGAGAGAAAACUGGCAGCUGCUGUCACCGUCACCCCCAGCCCCCCAGCCACAAGCAGUAGUGUUAGCAUUACGAGCACUGGGAGCCACUUGACCUUUAACCCUUUCUUGAUCCCAGGAAUGUCCCACGGAUUGCUGUAUCCGCACAUGUUCCUGCCGCAUGGCAGCAUCAUGGCACUUCCGGCGAUGCAGACGGCAGAUAGUACUGGCAGCCCCAAGAGGAAGAGGAAGAAAGCCAGGGAUGAAGGUGGGGUGGAGGGAGGUGGUGGCAGCUCAGAAGUGGAGGGUGGCGAGAUGAAAGGGUUGAGGAGUGAACAGGCGCCUGAGAGCAAGAGCGAGGAGGCCAGGCUGGAGAAAGCUCUGCUUUCUGUGGACACCACUGAGGUUGGAGGUCACAACAGCUGUGACCUUCCACAUGAGAUCAAUGCAGAUGAGAGCACUGAGGUUGAGAAAGCAGUAGAAGGAAGGGAAGGAGAGAUCGAGGGAGUAACAGAGUCCAGGGUGCCUAAGCCCGAGGACAAAGGCUUGGAUAUAACGGAAGAUGUGCUUUAGACUCUGCGCCCUCCUAAUCAACAGUACCAUUGUGUGUUGUGUUGGUAAAAGUUUGUGUAAAGAACUUUGAUUAUCCCCUUGUUAAUGUUUAUAGAUCUGCUACCUAAUCAAGAAAAGGUGAUAUAACCUUCUCCCCUUCAGGAGUUUGCUGAAAAUACCAGAUGUUAAUAGCAUGCCCACGCUUACUAUUCCUGUUACCACAUGGGUGCUCAGUCCACAUCAGUUUUAGUGUAAGGAUAUUAUUGUUGCAUCAUGGGAGUGGGCCUGGGAGAAGACCUGGGAGUGAAGGACACGCUUAGCUUGGCGUUGGCAUUGACAAAGGAAACAUCGUAAUGAUCCCCGCUCUCUCAUACCUCCACAUACUUUUACAUUACAGCAAAAGAGUUAUGGUAAAGGGUAGGUGUUGAAAUUGGGAUGUUUUGUCUUUAAUUUAUGGUAUUUACAGGGUCACAUAGAGAACAUGCUCCUACGUGUACAAUUGAUUAUGUUGUCCAUAUAAAUACUUAUAAACACAAGUUUAUAUCAAACACCCACUUCCCAUAGGUGGAUUCUUUGCAGAAUUGCUGCUGUUACCCUUUUGAUGGACCACAGCUCCAUCCUUAGUUGCUUGCUGCUCUGUGUUCAUUCUAGUGGAAAG